ACGAUGCACCCACGUACGCCGGGAAGUGUUUUCUUUAAUACGCUUAUCUCGCCGCAACCCUUUUCUGGCCUUUUGCUAUCUCUUUUUGCGUCGGCGUCCCAUCCUUUUUCGCUCGUUCCUCUCCGCUACUGGAAUGGAGGCUUGGGCCCUUCGAUCCCUGACUCCGAUUAGCCGCCGCAACUGCCUCCCUUCCACAUUUGGGGAUAAAAAGAAGCCCCAGAAGAUCUGGGUGAAGUUCUUGUGUAAAGGUUUCGCCCCUGAUAAUUUCUGCAAGAUAUCCAAGAGGAGAUUUGUAUCAGAAUUUGUGGCUCUUGGUGCUGCAGCAUUUUAUGCUAACCCAAGUCUUUCAGCACCACUGCAAGAGGCUAAGGAUCCUGAGCUGAUCUGGUAUCAAAAGCUAAAUAGUGGUGUAAAAUUUCAAGAUAUUGUUGAAGGGGUGGGCCUGGAAGCACAUGAAGGUGAUUUGGUUGAAAUUAACUAUGUUUGCCGGCGUUCAAAUGGAUAUUUUGUGCACAGCACGGUGAACCAAUUUGAUGGUGAAAGCAGGCCUGUGGUACUCUCUCUGGAUGAAAAAGAGAUCAUAAAGGGCUUGAAAGAUGUUUUAGUUGGCAUGAAGGUUGGAGGCAAGAGGAGAGCUUUGAUACCUCCUAAUGUGGGGUAUGUCAAUGAGAACUUGAAACCAAUCCCUGACGAGGUACAUAUUCUAUUAUCUCUUUGUUUUUGCUUGGUCAUGGCCAUUCGAAUCGUUUCCACUUGUGAUAUUGUAAGUUCGAAUUGGGCAUUUCCGAACUCUUUUCCUGAAAAGAAAAAAGAGAAAAAGAGAAAAGAAAGGUGAUCAACAUACAGCUAGAGACCUUUUUCCUUGGGUUAGAUACAAACAUACAAUCAGAUGAUCCUCUGUCACACACACCAUUUAAUCCACACUUGUUUUUUACAGUUUGGUCCACGGAGAAGCCUUCUCUCUCAUGCAAAUGAGCCAUUGGUUUUUGAAGUUCAGCUCUUGAAAGUGCUAUAAUGUUCUCGAAAAUUAUCAGCUUCUCAAGCACAUGCAGGGCUCUCCCACUGAGGGGCAUGCUCAAGAAAAUUGUAUAGAAAUUUUAUUUUGAUCUGAAAAAUUGUUAAACAUCAUCAAGUUUGAUUCUUCUUUUCUUCUUUUUAAUAUGUCAUUCUGCAUUAGUAUUUAUUCAGCAACAUCACUGAAAUAUUAACUUGAAUACAUGAAAGGAGGAAGCUGUUUCCCAA